AUGGACGGCCCGGCGCUGCUCCCGGUUCGCGGCGUUACUGGCGCUGUGCGCCGGCUCGACGCCGGCAGCGCUUCGGCCUACCUUCGCCUCAGCACGGGUGCGGGAUUGGCUGGGAUGAGUGCUGAAGCCGCGAGCGUCGAGGCGGCCGUGCGCGGGAUUGGCUGGGACGAGCGGGCCCUCACCUGGCUGGACGCAAAGUGGACCGACCUGGCCGACUGCGGCUGCGGCUUCGACACCCCCGACGCCUAUUUGGACUCCGAGUCCAAGCAGGCACUGCCUCCGUGGGUGUGGCUGCCGACUCACGGCGGAGGCGCGGCGGAGGCGCGGGAGGGGGCGGCGCUCGACGUGAGCUGUCGGCUGGCGAGCCCUGAGGCUGAGCCCCCCGCGGCUCUCGCGGCGGCGCUCCUUGAGCGGCUGCGGGCGGCGAUCGCUCUGGCAGCGGAGGGCGGUGCGGCGGGCCGCGUGCAGAGCAUCGAGGUCCUCCUCGUGUCGCGCUGCCCGAGGCUGCCGAUGCUUCGCCUGCCGCGUGGCCUUGCAGACCUCACGGUGGCGGCGGGCGGCGGCGGGCCGGCCGCGGAGCUGUCGACGCUCGAGCGUGCCGGCCUCGUGGUGCUCCCCUCGGCGGUCUCUCCGGCCGACGUGGCCGCGCUGCGAGAGCUGUCUCGGCGGAGGGUGGAGGCGCUCGAGGCGAGGAUGGUGCGGGAGGGGCACGAGCAGGGGCUCGAGGGUGGCGACUACUCGUACGCGGAGGUGUGCUCGCGCGGGAAGGGCAGGUGGGACAUGCUGCUGCACGCGCCGCCCUCGGACGCCUGCGACGUGCCGGAGCUCAACUUCGCCGGGCAGGCGGCGGGCGCGGAGCCGUCGGACGAGGCGCUGUCCGGGCGGGCUCUGCUCCGGCGGGUGGCCAAAGGGGCACGGUGGAGGGGCCACUCGCGCUACACGUACGGCGCCGACGGCGAGGCGGUGCCGCUCGCAUACGCCCUGUGCGCUUUCGUGCCGCUCGUGCCGCUCUCCGCGCCGAGGCAUGUCGGCGGCGGCGAGGGCGGCGGCGGCGAGGGCAUAGCCGGGAGGGCGGUGGCGCACGGGCUGGGAUGCACCGCCUUCUGGCCCGGCUCCCACCGACAGCCCGCCUGCCUCAAUUUGGGCGCCGCGGCGAGCACGCGGCUGCGCGCGGUGGUAUCGGGCGCGCCGCUGGCCGCCGGCGAUGCCCUCCUGUACGACUACCGCACCGUGCACUGCGGCUCGCCAAACCAGCAGGGCGAGCGCCCGAUCCUCCAAUUCACCUUCUGUCGAAAGGGUUACCGCGACCGCCACCGCAACUAUGGAUACGAGCAGCUGUUUUACGACGACUGA